CAGACAUGAUGUCAUACAUUUGACAUUCUAAAUUCACAGCUAGACUGAACCAGGGAAGUGAUAGGAAAUGGAGCUGGGGAGAUGAAGACCUUCUUAAUAACAAAAGAAUUCCAACAGUCGAAGACAUGAGUCAAACAUCUUUGAAACAGAAAAAGAAGAAUGAGCCUGGGAUGAGGUACUCAAAAGAGAGUCUAGAUGCAGAGAAAAGGAAGGAUUCCGACAAAACUGGAGCUCGGCUGAGCACUCAGAUGAGGCGUGCAGGCUAUCCGAAUCACUCGCUGAGAUGUUGCCCCAUGCGGUAUCACCACUCCUGUAGACGCUGCCUUUGUGCAGCUGAGGGAACUAGCCCCUGUCGCACAAUACGUAUUUAUAUUCACAUGUGCCUGUUGUGGGAGCAGGGCCGGCAGAUCACCAUGAUCAGGGGAUCCCAAGAAUUACCUGUACCAAAUACAGACUCUCGAGGGUACAUUGUGAGAAACCAGUGGUCCCGAACAUCACGGAGCCCAUCCACUGGGGCUCCAUCAGUGGAUGAGCCCAGAAGCAGGAACACUGUUGUCAAGGCCCCCAACAGCUCUGCGACCUCUCGAACUUCCUCUGCCUCCCCCAGCCAACACGAGACCUCACCUCCACCUCAAGCAUCAGAGAAGCCCUCCAUACCACAGACUCCCCAGACCAGACCUGUCACUCCACUUGACUCACAACCUCCUACACCCCCGGAGCCAGAGCCCAACUCUCGGCGAACUUCAAAGAUGCACUCAGUCAAUGAUCCCUGGAUUCACAGGGAAAACAGAGAGCCUAGAGACUUGCAGUUGCGGGAUUAUGCGCACAGCUGUGACUCCCGAGACCUGAUACCCAAGACUACUCGAGAGUAUCCACGCACUCCUCCUACUGAGUGGAAAUCCUAUGUCCAGCGCCGCCUGCAAUAUGGCACCUCUUUGGAUAUGGAUCAGGAAUGUCUGUCUGAAGCCCAGCAGCGGCACCGGCAGCAGCAGGUGGAGGAAGAUGAGGUGGACGAGGCCUACUGGUCAUCUGUGAGCAUGCUGUAUGAAAAGAUCCCCAGCUGUGCGCGGCCUAGGCCGCCCAAACCCAAGCACGCCAUCACAAUUGCUGUCUCUUCACGAGCACUCUUCAAUAUGGUGGAUGACAGGAAAAUCUACGAAGAAGAGGGUCUGGAAAAGUACAUGGAGUAUCAGCUCACCAAUGAGAACGUCAUCCUGACCCCGGGGCCAGCAUUUCGAUUUGUCAAGGCACUGCAGCAUGUCAACUCUAGACUCCGUGAGCUGUAUCCUGAUGAACAAGACUUAUUUGAUAUAGUACUGAUGACUAAUAACCAUGCCCAAGUGGGAGUACGGCUUAUAAACAGCGUCAAUCACUAUGGUCUACUAAUUGACCGAUUCUGUUUGACGGGUGGAAAAAGCCCAAUUGGCUAUUUGAAGGCAUAUCUUACCAACUUGUAUCUGUCUGCAGAUUCGGAAAAAGUACAAGAAGCAAUUAAAGAAGGCAUUGCCUCUGCAACCAUGUUUGCUGGAGCCAAAGACAUGGCUUAUUGCGACACACAGCUCCGUGUGGCCUUUGAUGGGGAUGCUGUCCUCUUCUCUGAUGAGUCUGAACAUAUUGCCAAGGAGCACGGGCUGGACAAAUUCUUCCAACACGAAACACUAUUUGAGAAUAAGCCUCUUGCUCAGGGUCCCCUUAAAGGCUUUCUGGAAGAUUUAGGCAAACUGCAGAAGAAAUUCUAUGCCAAAGACGAACGGCUACUUUGUCCCAUCAGAACCUACUUGGUUACAGCCAGGAGUGCAGCAAGUUCAGGCGCCCGUGUGCUGAAGACCCUUCGCCGCUGGGGUCUAGAGAUAGAUGAAGCUCUUUUCCUGGCUGGAGCCCCCAAAGGUCCCAUCUUAGUGAAGAUUCGGCCCCACAUCUUCUUUGAUGACCAGAUGUUCCACAUCGAAUCAGCACAGAAAUUCGGCACCAUCACAGCCCAUGUACCUUAUGGCAUUGCUCAAAAACGCACCUAGGGAUGGGGAGGAGAAAUAAACAGUGACAGUCUGGUAUUACAAA